GCACCUGAGGACCUGCUAUAAAGAGGCAGAAAGUGAACCUACAGUCACCUUGCUGUUUAUAAAAAUGAGGUGGAUUAUCCUUGCACUCGCCUUUGGUGUUGUGGGAAGCCAGCAACUACAGUACGAGCCAUUUUUCAAUCCAAAGAAAGUUUACCUUUACCAGUAUCAAGGGGUCAUUUUUACGGGCCUUCCAGAAAAAGAACUGACUAAAGGAGGUCUUAAGAUCACCAGCAAAGUGGAAAUCAGUGCAAAGGGGCAGAGGAACUAUGUCCUCAAGCUCUUGUCACCUGAAAUCCAUGAGUUCAGUGGGUCUUGGCCGGAUGAGGAGUUCAUUCCGUCUCGGAAACUGACUCGGAAGUUGACUCCCCAGCUGACCCAGCCAGUCAUAUUUGAGUACAACUGGGGGCGAGUUGGAAAUCUCUUUGCCCGUCGAGGCAUUUCUGAAAACGUCCUCAACAUCCAACGGGGCAUUCUCAACAUGCUUCAGAUCAGCAUUAAGAGGAAUCAGAACAUCUAUGAGUUGCAAGAGAAUGGAUUGGAAGGCGUCUGUCUCACGAGUUACACCAUCCAAGAAGACAAGAAAGCCAAGCAUAUUACCAUCACAAAGUCCAAGGAUCUGAAUGCCUGCGAGGAAAAGAUCUCAGAGUCUAAGGGCAGUGAUUACUUCCAGCAAUGCGAAACCUGCCAAAUGAAAGGCAAGAAUCUCCGAAGUGUUUCCACGUAUACCUACAUCUUGACAAGUGUGGAGCAGGGAGCGGAGGUUGCUGAAGUUGUCAGCAAAGAAUCCCAUCAGUUCACACCAUUUAAUGAGCUCGAUGGUGUAGCCAGCACUGACUCAAGGCAACACCUCUACUUGUUGGAUUUCAAAAAUGAGUCAUUACCCGUGCCCAUAAACUCGAUGGAAAAGAGAGGAGGUCUGAAAUACCAGUUUUCCAAUGAGCUGAUGCAAAUGCCAAUGCAGUUUGUCAAGCCCUCAUAUAGUGACUCCAAGGUUACCAAGAUGCUGGAAGAGUUGAUGCAAAAGAACCAGGUCAAAGUGCAUCCUGAUACUCCCCAGAUGUUCCUGUAUCUGUCCCAGCUGCUGCACUCUGCAAACCUGGCCAACCUUCAAAGCCUGUGGGAUAAGAACGCAAACAAACAGAGUAACAGGCAGUGGAUUCUGGACAGCAUCUCCAUCACUGCAACUCAAGAUGCUAUUCAAUUCAUCCGAAACAAAAUUGAACAGGACGAACUUUCGCAGAUCGAGGCAGCCCAAGCACUGUUUUUUGUCCUGCACUCCAUCAAACCUGACUGUCACGGUGUGGACAAUGCUACGGAAUUUCUGUCCAGCCCUUACAUGAACAAGAACCCCUUCCUUCGCAAAAUCACCUUGCUCUCAUAUGGAUCUUUGGUGCAGAAAUACUGCUCGAGAGUCCAGAUUUGUCCUGACCAGGCUAUCAAGCCAAUCCAUGACCUUGUAGUUGAAGCUGGCAGCAGGGGUCAUGAAGAAGAAAUAAUCCUGGCUCUCAAAGCCAUUGGCAAUGCAGGCCAGCCAGCCAGCCUGAAGCGCAUCCAGAAGCUCCUGCCAGGAUUCAGCAGUUCUGCCAACAGCGUCUCAAACAGAGUCCAGAUGGAGGCUGUGAUGGCCUUGCGUAACAUCGGCAAGAGGGAGCCACGCAAGGUGCAAAACAUCGCCAUGCAGUUACUUAUGAACAAAAAGAACCGUGCAGAAAUGCGAAUAAGGGCCUUUAUUGUGUUGGUGGAAACCAAACCAUCCAUGGCCUUGGUGGCCACAGUGACUGACGCAUUGAUCAGAGAGACCAACUUGCAGCUGACCAGCUUUGCCUAUUCCUACAUGAAAUCACUGUCGGGAACCUUAGUGCCAGAGCAACAAUCACUGGCUGCCGUUUUCAACACCGCAGUCAAACGACUGAGUCGGAAGUGCGACACUCUCAGUUACCAGUACAGCAAAGGAAUACACUUUGGCUUGUUUAGUGAUUGGUUUCUGGCUGGAAUCGAUACCAACCUUUAUUUACUGAAGAAAUUAGAUGGUAUUCUUCCAACUUCAGCCAUAGCCAACUUCAGACAUUAUGGCCUUGGAGCUCUCAUGGACUUUCUGGAGGUUGGUAUCCAUGUCGAAGGAAUAGAACAAGCCUUUUCAAAGAGCAAACCAGCCUUCUGGAAGGGACCGAAGAAAAACAGCACGGAGCGGAUUUUAGAAAAGGUGUCUGAUUGGAAAUCGAUGCCCGCAAUUAAACCAUCGGUGAGCGUUUACAUCAAACUGUUUGGCCAAGAGAUCACUUAUGGCGAGCUCAACCAGAAUGAUAUUCAAGAAAUCAUGAAGAUGAUUAGCAACCAAGGAAAACUGGAUGGACUUCUCAGGAAAAUUAUCAACCAUCUUCAACGUGGGAUUUCAAUGAAAUGUACCAAAUCCUUGCUGGUAUCUGAGGUUCGACACAUGGUGCCAACAUCACUUGGUCUCCCCUUGGAGCUGGCCUUCUAUUACACUACUGUGUCAGUUGUACAAGCACACGCCAAGGCAAAGUUCAUUCCAUCCCUUUCCAACACAACAUUGUCUCGCGUCCUCAACAGUACCAUUCAUCUCGAAUCUCAGCUCACUGCCAGUUCCGUGAAAGAUGUCAAAGGAAUCAUGGGAAUAAACAGCCCUAUGAUCCAGACUGGAGUGGAAGUUCAGCUGAAGACCAGCACUGUCAUCCCACUGAACUUCACUGCAAGAAUAAGCUACAAAAAGAGGAACAUUAAAAUUGAGUCACCCCCUCUGCAACAGGAAAAUCAGCUGUUUUCUGUCAGCACCCAAGCAUUCGCAUUCUCAAGAAAUGCUGAAGAGCCCGCUGCAGAGAACAGGAUCCCAUUGCUUCCGAGUGAGGAGUCUGUUCUGAGGAUCAAAGCUCUCCGAUUGGCAAAGAAUUCAACCGUGAAUCACAAAGUGAUGGACAAAGUGCUGCCUCUUGCCAUUGUCCCAGGGUCUGUGUGCUCUGCUGAAGAGCUUCCGGACACCCCAAGGCAGAGUGUCUAUCACAUCUGCAUGACAGUCAAAACCUUUGGAUUUGAAGUUUGUUAUGACACCAGCACGGAAAAAUCUGACUUCCCCACUAACUCUCCCUUGUACGAAAUGGUCGGCAAGAAAGCAUUGGAUAUCACAAUCAAACCAGUUCCUACUGACAUUCCAAUCAAAAAGGUGCGGAUCGAACUACAAAUGGAUGAGUCCCUCACAAGAGUAAAUCACCUGUUGAUGAGAAGCAACUGGACUAAUGCAAAUUCCUCGGAAAAAAUGCAAGCUGAGGGCAAGUUGGUCCUUCUCAAGCUAAAGAAAAUCCUCCAAGGUAAAAAGCAGCACCAGAGUACAGAUGGAAAUGCCUUCCAGCUUCAUUUCAAGCCAUCUUCUAUUAACACGUCACAAAACAAACAAUUAAGUUCAUUCGAAACCAGUUUUGACACAACAAUGAGUUUCUCCAGCUCUGAGUUUCUUCUUUCAUCUUCAUCUUCAUCUUCAAAUUCACUGGAGCAGUCCACAUUCCUUGGAGGUUUAAUGCCACUGAUACUCACUUUGUUCACUCGAGCCAUUACCACCGAUAAUAAAGAGAAAGGCUACCAGACGAAAUUUUCUGUGGACAAUUUAAUGGACAUACGAUUAUGGCAAGUUGUUGUGGACGAACUUCAGGAUGGUGGCAACUGGAAAGUCUGUAUCAAUGCAGAGUUUCCCUAUGAUCGCCUGGCAUUGGGAACACUGAGAUGGGGCCAGGAUUGCCAGGACUACAAGAUUACAGGAAAAGCAAGCAUGGGUCACGUAAGGAUUCAUCCUGCUGUUCUGCUCAAGGCAAAGUGGGACAGGAUUCCACAGUCCCUGAAAGAUACUGCCCAAGUGAUUGGUGAUCACCUGGCCAGGAUUCUCUUCCUGUUGGGAUUCUCCGAAAGGCACAUAAAGGGAACACCUCAUCAAAUAUCUGCCGUUUUGGCCGCAACAUCUCAACGAACCCUUGAUAUCAUGCUCAAAGACUCUAAGCAUGUAUACAGCCGAAAAGCCCUCCUCAUCCCAGCGUCUCUCCCAUUUGACGUCAAAUCCCCCUCAAUGCAUCCGAAAGGGUUUCACUUUCUUCCUUAUUUACCAGUCAUGUUCUCAGCAACUUCCACAGCUGAGUGCACGGUUGUCCAAGACAUGUUCACGCCAUUUAGUGAGAACAGUUUUAAAUAUAAAAUGCCUGAAGGAUGUUCCCACAUACUCGUCCAGGACUGUACCUCAGACAUGAAGUUCGUAGCACUGAUAACUCGUUAUGCAGAAUUUCUGACCUUACAGUUAAAUUUGCAUUUCAGCAUAAUAAAGAUAGAGUCCACGAUGACAGGAGAUCUCCUGCUGACAAUUGAUGGAAACAAAGUACCAAUCGAGAGCCUGCCAGUCACAAGCUUAAGGUCCUUGUCCAUUGAGCGGAGUGACAAUGGUCUGAAGAUAAAAGGCCCUGAACUCGGCCUUGAAGGUCUCUUCUUCGAUGGCAAAAUGAUUAAGGUGACCGCAAUGCCAUCGAUAAUUGGGACCACUUGCGGAUUAUGCGGGCAAGGCAGCACCCAAGGGAGUAACGAAUAUCAGCAACCAAACCGACGUAAAACCAAGGAGAUUCUCAAGUUCACACACUCUUGGCUCAUACCCAGAGAACAGUGCAAUGACACCUGUAAACUAAUAAAACAACGUGUGAAACUCGAUAAGCCAGUCAAAAUACUUGGGAAAGAGACACAAUGCUACUCAACGGAACAAAUAGUGGAUUGUGAUCAUGGAUGUUCACGAGUUAAGACUGUCCCAAUCAACUAUAGUUUCCAUUGCAUACCAAUAGAUUCGCACACAAGCCCUACAGAUGAACAGCUGAAAUCUGCCACCUUUGCCCAGAAGAGUGAGGAUAUGAUAAUCCCCUUUGAUGUCCCUGUUGAAUGUUCAUGCAGUUCAGAAUGUAAAUAAGUAGAGCACUGGGAACUUCUCUCUAAUUGGUUCAAAGCACAUGCCUUAGGUACAAGUUAGAGGGGGAAAAUAAUUUAAUGAAACAAAAAUGCACCUAAUAAAUUUUUUAAAUGAGUUAGUUUUAGACACAUUGAAACAUUUGUUAGUUGAAUUCAAUAAAUCUGCAUUUACCGAGCAAAAUGAUCUAAUCAUUGUGAAUAGAAUUUGAUUAUCGAUUGCAACCUUGCUUAAAGUGGCAGAGGACACUCUGCUCAAGAACCUCAACAGGCCGAAGAUCAUCUGCAGGGGUAGUGGAAUUGUUGUUGUUUCAGGUCACGAUGCUGCGUCAGGACCUACAUCAAAAAAUUCCUUUCUCCCAAAAGAGUUCAAAAUUCAAAGUACAGUAAAUAUUUUAUCAAAGGACAAUACAUACAUGUCACUAUAUGCUAACCCUGAGAUUAAUUCACAGUAAAUGCAAAGAAACACAAUACGAUGAAAAACUGCACACAAAGACGGACAAACAAAUAACGUGCAAAAGACAAUAAAUUGUGCAAAUUCAUAAAAGAAAAAUAGCAAUAUAAUAAUUAAUAAAUAAAUAAAUGAUAUUGAGAACAUGGGUUUCAGAGUCCUUGAAAGUGAGUCGAUAGGUUAUGGUCCAAGCAGUAACAAGAGAAAAUCUGCAGAUGCUGGAAAUCCAAGCAACGCAAACAAAAUGCUGGAGGAACUCAGCAGGUCAGGCAGCGUCUAUGGAGAAAUGUACAAUUGGUGUUUCAGGCUGAGACUCUUCAUCCGGACUAGAGGAAAAA